CAAAACAACUGGAAUAUCUUGCACCACCCUGUACCAGUCGCCAAAUUUGACAUGUUCCGAAAAAUCCCUCGUUUUGAUCGUUGAUGGCGGCGAUUAAUUUUGUGAAAUAAACUAAUCUGGAAAUUUUCUUUGUAAACAAAAAUCUUUAUACCGCAACAUUUGUAACAAGUGUAAUCCUCCAUGAGUUUCCAACCACCAACAACAACCACAGCGGCGAGCACUGCUUUCUCGUUCGGAUUGGCGUCUGCGGGUGGAACCGCUCCUUCUAAACCAGGGUCUUUUUCUUUUGGUGCCACCGGUGGCGGAGACGCAGGUACAGUAAAACCAUUGGCUUUUGGCGCUCCAACCGCGACAACGACAUCAAUGGCUGCACCCGCUGCUGUUGGAUUUGGCAGCGGCUUUCUGGGUGCCACCACUACGGCCGCAGGGACCGUGGCGGCGCCAACCGUAGUUUCAGCUCCAUCAACUAGUUUCUCUUUUGGCGCACCGACCGCAAGCUCAGCAGCGGUGGCUCCCACUAGCGCUGCUGCUACUACAACGGCUUCGCCAGGUUUUGGAUUCGGUGCGCUACCUGCUGUCACCACAACUUCUUCCACCGCUACAACCACUACAUCUGCGACGGCUGCGCCUGUAUUCUCAUUACCAAUUGCUAAAACCACAUCUGCAGCUCCCCCAACACUUGGCUCAAUUAGUACCUCGACAGCUCCAGCCACGGGAGGCUUCGCUAACCUCAGCACGGCAACAAAGACAACCGAUUCUGCAGCUGCGGUAAAUGCCUCGCAUCUAUCCUAUAAUCAAUUGGAAGAUCAUAUUAACAAAUGGACAUUAGAGUUGGAGGAGCAAGAAAAAGUAUUUGCUGACCAGGCGACGCAAAUAAAUGCAUGGGACAAGAUACUUAUAAGCAACAAUCAUAAAAUUCUCGAGCUCAAUGACGCUGUGCAAAAGGUAAAGUCCGAUCAACAAACAUUGGAACAGGAGUUGGAAUUCAUAGCUACUCAGCACAAAGAGCUAGAAGAAAGCAUUGUUCCACUGCAGAAAGAAUUCUUAAAAUUGCCACAGGUAGAUGUAGAGCGUAGCCAGACAUAUCUCUUGGUUGAAAAUUUGGACACACAACUAAAGCAAAUGUCCGAGGAUCUUAAAGAAAUCAUCGAUAACUUAAAUGAGGCGAAUAAGGGGCAAGACAGUGCAGAUCCUAUCAUACAAAUUGGCAAAAUUUUAAAUGCCCACAUGAGCUCACUACAGUGGAUCGAAUCAUCCACUACCAAUAUUUCUAAUAAACUCGAUGAUAUUACAAAGAUGCAUGAAUCAUUCAAACGCGAAUCAGAGCGCUCUUUCCGAUCAGCUUACUAUAAUUAAAUUAUUUCAUGUGAUGGGAAUUUUCAAUUUAUAUUUCAAUGUAUGUACAUGCUUGUUAAAAUACAGUUUUCUAUAAAACGUG